AUGGGUCAGAUAGCGUCCCUUCAACGAAGAGCCAAUGUCCCGAAUGUAACAAGUGGGACAGAUAACGAUGAUGAGAACUGUGAAAUGCAUCGUUUUUCCAGUCAUCCAGGAGCCUUUUUUGGUUCAUAUUUCUUAUUGGGCGGUGAACGAUAUGAUUUGGCAAAACCGGAAGCUUUUUUAUUUGGCGAGAAUGCGGAUUUAGAUAUGCUUGGCAACAGAUCAGUGCAGUUUCCAUAUUCGAGCCAACCAGUGAAUGAUCCAGUGAGGACUUUAAAUGCUUUAAUCAAUCUUCGCCGAGAUUCGUUAAAACUAACAAAAAGCAAAAACGACGCAUCAGAGAACAAGAAUUUGUUCCGCUUGGAAUUCUAUUUCGACUGUGACAGUGCUUGUUAUGUACAAAUUCAUUUCUUUGCAAAGGAAUUUGUUAACGAUGGACGUAUAAGAUUUGUGCACAAGCAUUCUCAGUUGAAGUCAUCUGAGCAAUAUUAUUUUGAUGUUGGUGCAGAACAGCAUUUCAACAAAUUCGUAAUGGACACUAGUGUAUAUGACCUUAGUUCCAUGCAUUAUGAUAGCGGAUCUUACUUUCCUGUUGUUAUCGAAAUUCGUGCCGUUGAUUGUGGUAUUGAACAGAUGCAAUCGACAAUGGCUAGCAUCGAACACGCAACCGAUCAGUGUGCGACAUUUGUUAUAAAGGCGCUCAAGCAAAAACUAGUAGCUGAUGGUGUAGUAUACUUAUUGCAAGAAAUUUACGGAAUUGAGAAUAAGGAACACGAUUUUGGUGAUGAAAAUGGAUCCGAAUGCAUAAUCUGUAUGUCCGAUAUUCGUGACACUGUUAUCCUUCCAUGUCGGCAUUUAUGUAUUUGUAAUGGAUGCGCGGAAACACUAAGGUAUAAGUUAAAUAAUUGCCCCAUUUGUCGUUCACCAUUCCGUGCACUACUACAGUUGAAGACGAUGCGUGUUGUUAGUACGGUUUCAAUAACUGAUCAAUCACCAUCUUCGCAACAAACUCGUUCACAAACUAGAUAUGAAACGAUGACGUUAGUAGAAGCACUAAAUGGACCGAUCAGCCACAUACAGUCCUGUGUAGUACCAACUGCUCCAUCUGGUUACAACAUCGAUUCUCCCCAUGAAGUUUCUGCAUCUCUUAAUUCAAAAGUUACAAGACGCUCUUCACGAUCUUCAGUCGCUAUACAACAGGUACUCACGUUGAACAAUCAGGGCCGAAACAAGAAGGAUAACACUGUUUGUAUAGAAAUGAAAUCAGCCGAUGAAUUUAAGAAUGAAGAGGAAAUUUCAAAUGGCUGUUCGACUAGUCGUUGUCCUGAUUCCCCGUCCAAUAUUACAUCUUCAUCGCUUCCCUCGCAUGGUCGACGUUAUAAGAAACAGCAGACUGUGUCACCGCAGCAUAACCGGAAAGCACCCAUUGAAAAUGUUGUUGCUCAAGAAAAUGCGCCGAUUGAACUUGCCAAAAAUUCUGAUGACAUUGCCACAGCAAAGGAUUCAUAA